CCUCCACACACCUCUGUCUUUCCACCUAGUGUUAACAGACAGUUAUGAAAAGGAGAGGAGACAAGGAGGAGCAGGGCGGGACUGUGUAUUUCAUGGUACGAUGAACGAGGGCCCUUAAUAACAAAGUGAGAGUUUGUUUUUUUUUUUACCUUCUUGGCCUCCUAGAUAUUCCUUCCCAUCCUCUCGCUCCUUCUUCAAUUCUGCUUUAGCUCUGAGAAGGGGGCAUGUGCAAUAUGUUUUAGUACUGCUUCAGGCUGAGUCACAACAGAGAAACUUGACCGCAGUUUUUACCCCUGGUGCUCAGAAUCUUAAAUUCUAGGGUUUUUCUUGGAGAUUCAUCCUCUUGUGUAAACUGUCACAUUGACUACUUCUCAUCAGAGUUUCUUCCCAUUGGCAUAAUCGUCUGCACUUUCCGUGGAUUGGCUUCUUCCUCGCUUCAGCUCCUGAAGGUCGAGGAACGUUUUUGGACGUUUUUCUCCAGCUCAAGUAGCUUGAAUUAAGUGCACAUCCAGCGAUGCAGACACCAAGGACGUGGGUCGUGUUCAUUUGUCUGAGUGGUACAGUUUUGUCAGGAGUAAGCACAAAGUCUUGGCAUGAUGUGGGUGCAUACUUUGUCACUUCUUCUGAGGCACCUGAGGUAGAAACAGCAGCCAUCCCUCCACCAGGAAUUGAAACAGCAGAGGACCUUGUCAGGUACACAUGUUUCAAAUGCAACCCUUCCUGCUGAAGAGAGUGAGGAUGAGCGUCUCCAAAUGGAGGCAGAAGAGGAGAUGGGGCGGCAAAGAGUUGAGCUCAGAGAGCUGGAGGCUGGUAGAAGAAGGAGAGGUGCCUGGGGGUGGAGGAAACAUGCAGCAGCUACAGUGGAGGCCAAUGCAUAUAGAAUAGCGGGGCUAGGGCGACCCUUGAUGGGCUGGAGGAAGCGUGGGAAAGGAGACGAGGCACCCAGCGCUCUCAUGGCUGUACUCAGGGAACUUCAAGACCAGAAGAGGAGGCUGAUGGAUCAACCGAAAGUUCAGGAAGAGGAGGAAGAGGAGGAGGAAGAGGAUGAUGAUGAUGAUGAUGACGACGACGACGAUGAUGAUGAUGACGACGAUGAUGAAGAAGAAGAGGAGGAAGAGGAGGAAGAGGAAGAGGAAGAGGAAGAAGAAGAGGAGGAGGAAGAAGAAGAGGAGGAGGAAGAGGAAGAAGAGCCAACUGAGACUCCCAGCAAUCAAACGGAAACGUACAGCAAUGUUACAGAGUCUCCUCUCGGCGUGUGUCAGACAGCUGACAGAGAAAUCAGCUGCAGGGGCAUCGGCUUGACUCACCUGCCAGUCAUUCAUAACCUGGAGGCCACAAAGCUGGACAUGGCAGAGAACAACAUCAGAAGCCUCGAGCCGCAAGCUUUCUCUGGCCUGCCGAACCUUGACACUCUGGACCUGAGCAAAAACAAACUGGACGAUGAGUCGUUCAGCCAAAACCCCCUGUCUAACUUGACCUUUCUGAAGAAACUGAACCUAGAUGGCAACCAGCUUACCAGGAUCCCAGCACUGCCACCAUCUCUGGAGGAGCUCAAGAUUAACAACAACCAACUUAGUGCACUCACCCCUGACUGUUUCAAAGGCAUGAUGAACCUGUUGAAUCUGGAGCUGAAGGGGAAUAUGCUCCAUGAGGGCAGUGUGUUGCAGCUAGCCUUCAGACCUCUAGAGAGGCUCUUGAAACUCCAGCUGGACAACAACCGCUUCCGUUCCCUCCCUAUGGGUCUUCCUCCCUCUCUUCAGGAGCUGGAAAUGAAUGAAAAUCAGAUUGAGGAGGUGCGAGAAGAGGCACUGAGGGGCUGUGUCCUUUUGAGAGUGCUGGACCUGAGUCACAACCUGUUGCAUGAGCAAGACAUCGCUAUCCGUGCCUGGAUAUAUCUCAAGUCUCUGGAAGCCUUGGACCUGUCCUACAACCAGUUCACCUCUGUCCCAAUGAACCUGCCCCGUUCUCUCCGUAAACUCUCCCUCCAACACAACAAAAUCAGCCACGUCCCUGCCUUCACGUUCCGUCACCUGCGGCCCGGCCUGCAGUCCCUCCACCUGUCCCACAACGCCUUGGGCAACGAGGGUAUAGAGCGCGUCUCUUUCGUCGGAACGUACCGCUCGCUGGGUGAGCUCCUACUGGACAACAACCAUCUGAGGGAGGUCCCUCGCUGUGUUCGGCAGUUUAAGAACCUGCAGGUGCUGAGACUGGACAACAACCAGAUCAGGUCGGUGAGGCAGUGGGGAGUGUGCCACCCUCGUAAUUCUGGCUCCACUUUGGCUUCGGUCCACUUGGAAAACAAUCUGCUGGAAGUGGAGAAGGUUCCCCCAAAUGCCUUCUCCUGUCUCACUGACGCCCAGGGACUGGUCCUCUAUCCACAGCAGGGGCACACAUAUAACCAGUAGGUUAUAUGGUAAAGUAAAUGGCUAUACAAGCAUAAAACACACAACUGCAUCAUCAUGACAUACAGCUACACAAGUCUCUUGGAGGGGUUUACUGUAUCCUUCUUUUGCCUUCGCUGCUCGUCUCAUUCGUGCGUCAUUAUAAUCAUCCCAAUCAUCAUCAGGUUUGCAGAACAAUGGCUUCAUCAUGUAGUUUUCUUAGCCAGCCAGAGCUUUAAUUUUAACAUCACCAACCCCAUCUUUUUCUUUCAAAUAUCAUCUUUGAUUAGGAAAAUGACUGUAAUGUUUCUGUGUGUAUUAAAGCGAAUGUGUAAUUUA